AUGUACCCUAGAAAAAGGAUUGAUCUUUCACUCAAAAUGCUAGGUACGAGAAGAGCAAUGGGGGUUGCCGUUUUCAAGACACCCCUCAAUAGACAAUGCAUAGCGCCUAUACUCCGAUCAUCUCCACCAGCAGCCCACUACUCAACGAAAGAAUCUACCUCUUCUUCAAAACCACAAGCUAAAAAGAAAAAGACCAUGAAUAUAGCAAAUGUACCACUUUCAUACAUUGGUGUUAUGUCUGACUUAUAUAUCCCGCCGCGUAUUCUCAAGUAUUCGCCAUUUUCAUGGCCUAAAUUGAUGUUGCGUCGAUUACUCACUUUUGCAUUCAAUACCUACAAUGUCAUCAAAUACAAACGUGAAAUUGCUCAACCUUUACAAUUCAAUGAAUGGAAAGAUAAAGCUAUUGAAAACUACGUUAAAACAAACAAAAUUUUUGCUCAAGCUUGUAACAGUUUUGGCUCAACUACACCAUCUCUGCGUGAUGUUUCCAAAUUCAUCAAUUUAAAAUUAAAUCAAUGUUGUGGUAAACAUUUACUUGAUGUACUCAAUUUACGUGCCACCAAUUUCCAACCAGAGUAUAAAAUCAGUUGGGAUUUGAAAUCAAUUGAUGCAAACCCCAAGAUCAGUAUGUUUAGUGUGAUCCCAGAUCAAGAUGGAAUUGGAUGUUAUGUCCAGUUUAUAAUGAAGUUGAAAACUACACAGCAUGUCACAGUUACUAAACGAGUUGAUGGUGAGUUGAUUCAAGAUGUUGAAAGCCAAAGCACUGAUUACCUUGUAUACUCAAUGAAUCCAUUCAAUGGGCAAAUUUUGUUGGUGGGUAAAUUAUUUGAAAGUGAUGAUAAACGAGGGUUGAAGCCUGAAUUGGACGCUUUUGACGCUCAUGCUAUGCAAAAGUUUGUUUUGAAAGCAGCUGAUAUUUAUCGUGAUGCACCAAAGUAA